AUGAGCCGCGCCAAGUUGAUCGAUAUUGGCGUCAACCUGGCAGAUCCCGCGUUCAGAGGCGUCUACAGAGGAACGCAGAAACAUCAAGAUGACUUUCUAGAUGUGGUAGAGAGAGCAGUCAAAGUUGGUGUUAAAAAGUUUUUGAUUACAGGUGGAAGUCUGCAAGAUAGUAAAGAUGCGCUGCAGCUGGCACAGACUAAUGAUAUGUUUUACAGUACAGCUGGCUGCCAUCCUACCCGCUGUGGAGAAUUUGAGCAGAGUAACCCUGAUCAGUAUUUAUGUGAAUUACAAAAUCUGAUUGAGGAAAAUAAGACAAAAAUACUUGCAGUUGGGGAAUGUGGCCUGGAUUUUGAUAGAUUAGAAUUUUGCCCAAAGGACACCCAACUCAAAUAUUUUGAGAAGCAGUUUGACCUGGCAGAACGAACACGGCUGCCAAUGUUUCUCCACUGUAGAAACUCACAUGCUGAUUUUUUAGAUAUAAUGAGAAGAAAUAGAGAUAGAUUUGUCAGAGGAGUGGUGCAUUCUUUUGAUGGCACGAAGGAAGAAGCAGCUGCUCUAAUAGAUUUAGAUCUCUAUAUUGGAAUAAAUGGCUGCUCAUUGAAAACAGAAGCUAACUUGGAAACCAUGAAAUCCAUUCCUAGUGAGCGAUUAAUGAUAGAGACCGAUGCCCCUUGGUGUGGAGUGAAGAAUACUCACGCGGGAUCAAAGUACAUAAAAACCACAUUUCCUACAAAAAAGAAAUGGGAAGUAGGGCACUGCUUGAAGGACAGGAACGAACCCUGCCAUAUAAUUCAAAUAUUGGAAAUUAUGGCAGCAGUAAGAGAAGACGAUCCACUCGAGUUGGCCAAUACUUUAUAUAAUAACACUAUUAAAGUCUUCUUUCCAAGUAUAUAAGGUGGUUUUUUCUUAUAUAUUUACUCAGUGUAACUUCAGUAAAUGUACUGAAGAAACUUGAGAACAAUCAUACCUAAACAUUCUUAGCAAUGAAGCCAGUAUUUUUU